UGGCUCUGUGCUCUGCCGUUCCUUCAUCUGUGUUUGUUUACUAACAUGCAAUCUUUCAAGAAAAAUCUGUAUUUUUAAUAAAAAAAUCUCAAAGAAUGGAAUUAUUGUCUUUUGCCGACUUUAUUGAAUUUUCAAGAAGAAUUCAGGAUCAGGGCCUAAGAAGAUAUUUACGCGAUUACUCGGAUCCUUUUAGAAAAUAUACAAUGCAGGAAUUCAUCUCAAGAAAUUAGAAGGAGAUUGUUUAAAUAUUUGUCAGCAAUCAAUGUCUCGAAUUGUAUCCAUUGUUUCAAUGAUUUUUGCAAACCAAAUGAAACGUUUUGUCAAACUUCCAUUAAUGUCAGAGUUGUCCAAAGUUAAAAAUAAAUUUUUUGAGAUUGGCUGUUUCCCUAGUGUCAUAGGUUGUAUAGGUUGCAUACACAUAAAAAUUAAGAGCCCUGGUGGUCUUUCAGCAGAAGUCUACCGAAAUAGAAAAGGUUGGUUUUCAGUAAAUGUUCAAGCAGUGACUGGACCAAAUUUGCAAUUUUUUGACUUGGUUGUACGUUGGCCUGGAAGUUGCCACAACAGUUUCAUUUUUAACAAUAGUAGAAUAAACCAACGUCUGCAUUCAGGUGAACUACAAGGUAUUUUGUUAGGAGACAAUGGGUUAGUACUAUCGCCUGAGUAAUACAUGAAACAAAGAAUUCUGUAGACCCUUAUUUGUAUUAUAUUUUUUUUAAUUACAGGUAUGCAGUAAGCCCUAUCUUAAUGACACCUUACCUUGCACCCAGUAACCCAACCCAGGAGAAAUAUAAUAAAAGUCAUAUUAAAACUAGGAAUUCAAUUGACCAUGCAUUCAAAGUUUGGAAGCAUAGAUUUCCUUGCCUUCAGGUCGGAAUGGCAAUAAAAUUGCAAACAACUGUCUCAGUGAUAUGUGCCUGUGCUGCUCUGCAUAAUAUUGCAAUAUCUUGCAAUGAUGGAGCAGUUUUAUUGCUUCAUGAAGAGGUGGACAGUUCAGAAAUGCCAGAAUGUGAAGUUAUUCCAGAAAAUAUUAAUAGCAAUGGAUUUAUUGCCAGAGACGAUUUAGCUCAAAAAUCCUUUUCCUCAGUAGUAUAAGAGAAUAAUUUGUAGUAGGAGGUAGUCAUUUGCUCUUUUUUUAAUAAUGCCAAGUUAAUACUGUUUCAUUUUCAUUUAUCUGGAAAAUUCACACUAAUAGUUAUGUGCUAUUAUGUAGUAAUCUUUUGCUUAAAUCAACAAACAACCCUCUCUAUGCAUUGUGCAGUGGGGAAAAACAGCCCAGACGCUUGUUUUAAAAUGCAACCUAUCUUCUACUUCCAGCAUCAUUUCAGUGUUUAUUUCUUUUGGAAUAUUUCAUUUGUCACUCACAUUGUAUGUGAAUCAUGAUAGCCAGCUACCCAUUACAAGAAGGUUCUAGUCUGAGAGGUGAUUGUGUAAAAGUCCUAUGGAUCAGAUACAUGAAUAUUUUUUGGGGUAUGAACAAUAAAGUCAUAGGUCUAGACUCUAGAGGUACUAGGACUUAGUUAAGUUGACAGUCAGACAGUCAGAUCCGGGCAAAUAAAAGGUGUCGACCAAUUUUAUUCAGUCAUUUGAGAGGUUCUAGUUUCAAAAAAUCGUAAACAAAUCCAUGUAUUCGAUGGCUUAAGAUAAAUUAUAAUAUAUAUAUAUUUUUAGUGGUGUACUCAGGGUAGCUAAUAAAUAGAGCUUGUCGACCUUGACAUCUCUAUUCUACUCAUCAAAAACUUCGUUUGACAUACAUUUUCUUGAUAUACUCAUCAUUACCGCUUUCGUAAUCACCUUUCUUUCUUUUUCGCCUUCACUCAUCAUCUUUUUGAAAGAAUUUAGAGUAAAGUAGUUUUAACUUUAUUUGCAUAGGUAUUAACAAAUAUUUAAAUGAGAAUAAAAACAAACAACACAUUCUUUUCAUAUUCAAAUAAAUACCUAUUAAAAAACGAAAAACAACCUUUUUUAGAAAUGAAUAAAUCGCCUCUGUUGUAUAUCUCUCACUCGGCCUGUUCGGCCUACUCAGCAUGGGCGUACACAGGUAGGGGCAGCUGCCCCCCCCCCCCCCCCCCCCCAGAAGAUUAAAAAACGUCAAUUUUCCUGGCAAGUGGGAAGUAAAAACGUGUUACCUACUCUGCGCAAAAUGAAGUGUUGGAAACAAAACAUCUUUUCAGUCAGAUAUUUUGAUUUAAUUUUGAAGUUAUACUUCUUUAGCCGCGUUAUGAAAAAAUUGUGAGAGUGAAAUUUUCAUCACUGUAACACAAAAUUUUAACAUAAUGAAGUUAGCCGCGGGCGCGUUAUUUGUAAUAUUUUAUUUUCCAAAUGACCGUGGGGCAGAUUUGAACAAAGCAAACAGGGCAGAUUUGAACGGGACAUUGAAAUGAAAUGAAAUGAAAUGAAAUUUUUUCAGACAUUUAUUCAGUCUAGGCUGUUACAAGCACUUGUGAAGGUCAAGAACACAACGUGUUUUAGUUACUUACAAGUGCUAAUUACAUAUGGACUAAUAACUUAAAUUCACUAGUGAUUUUAAUUGAAUAUUUUGAAUAUUUAUUUAAUUUUUCAAAUUAAAACUGAACUUAAUUGACUGUGUUAACUAUCCUUUUCCAGUCCUCUUAUUAUUUUAUUGUAAUUAUUAAUUAUUUGCAUGCAAUUAAAAAAUAUUUUAAUGAUGCUAAAGAAGUAUAACUUCUCACGCGCGUACAUAAGUUACACGCAUCCAUUUUUUUUUAUCUAUAAUUAAAUAUUCUACAACAUUCGAUAUAAUAGCGACGCAAUAUAAUUUAUAUCUCCCGCGAAACCGUCGUAUCUCGUAUUUUCCGCUCCCGACAUGAUAAUCAGAGCCAUCUAGGAUUAAAGCCGAAUAUAAUUUGGAGAAAACAACGUCUAGCGCUAGCGCUAUCUAGUUACGGACGUCGACACUCGACAGUGCUUUUUCCAGUAAAGAAGAACGUUCUAGCAUGGACUAUUCUGGAAAGUAAAGACAGUGAUAGCAAGUAUGAGACAAGGAUUGCAACAGAGUCGAGUAUUUUCUACGUAUUUCGGGAGCAAGAAUAUUUGAAUAUAUAAGCGUGAUCGUGAGGCAAAGCAAGGCAAUUCAGUUCGAAAUUUCGAAUACAAUUCAAUUUAGUUCGGAGUUUAAUACGAGCGAAUAUUUAAUGCGCCAUAAUAGUGUCUUAUAGUUUAGUUGCGUUUACUGCGUUUCCUGAUAAAAUAAGUAAUGAAAUGCUUCAAAAAGCGCGAGCUGUUGCAAUGGAUUUGAACAUAGAAAUUUCGGUUCCACGUCUUGCUCAUAAGCAAACACAUAGAAGUAAUCCGCCAUCUGACAAUGAUAACGAAUAUUGGCGGCGUUCUCUGAUAAUACCAUACAUUGAUUCACUCAUUUCAUGGUUGAAUAUUCGAUUCUCCCAAGAAAAUACUCCGGCGUUUGCUUUAAGUAAGCUAUAUCCCUUGUAUAUGACCAAAACCAGCAUUACAGACUUACACAAGAACGCAGAAUCAUUCCAAGAAUUUUAUAACCUGGAUAUCACUGGAGAACUGAACCUUUGGCAUAAUUUAUGGAUGAAGAAUGCUUUAUCAGAUGAUCAAUUAAGAGAUAUACAAGUAGUUGAUCUGUUCAACGAAGCCAAUAUUUUUUACCCUGCUGUCAGAAAGGCAUUGAUUAUUUUAAGCACUAUCCCAUGCACCACGGCGACCGUAGAACGGUCCUUCAGUACGCUUUGAAGAGUUAAAACGUGGCUUAGAAGCACCAUGGGUGAAGAAAGGCUUACGGGUUUAUGUCUGAUGAGCGUACAUUGCAAUUAAUUUAAAAGAAAACAGUCAGUUUAUUCAAAAGACUGUCUUAGACAAAUUUUCGGCGUCAAAUCCGAGAAGAUUACUUUUAAAUUAAUAUAUGUGUAUUAUGAUUAUUAUAUAUAUUUAAUAUUUUGUUUUGUGUCAUAAUCAAACUAAUUAAUUAAAAGUCAAUUUUCAUGACUUUUUGUUUCAAUAUACCCGACCGACCAUCUUCUCGAAACAGGUAUGAGCUGCCCCCUCCUAGCUGAAAUCCUGGGUACGCCCUUGCUACUCAGUCCCGUUUAGUACAUCCAAGAUUUAUGGCACAACUUCAUUUAGUAUGGUUAGAAUGAGGACGGUGUCAUGUCGUCACAUUAUUCCUGAAAUCAUGGUAAGCUUAUUUUAGCAAUUUAUGAUUUAUUCUUCUUUAAAUAAAGUACCCAUAAUAAUUAUAACUGCUUCAAUUACCUAUUGAAUAGAAUAUAUCUGAUGCUUUGGCAACUGAAAAAUAUAUAAAUAAAUUUGAGGUCUGCUGGACUCACUACCCUCCCUACAAAUUUGAACCGUCUCCUUUAGACCCUGAUUAACAUCCUAAAAAAUACUAAACUAGUUUAGAGAAUAAAACGAAAAGAUGUUAAAACGCAGCUGAAUGAACUUAGUAUCCUUGUUUUCUAAUAUAAGCGAAUUUAAAAUAAAGUACUAAAUUAGACAAGGCUGUAUGGGCAUUAUACUCUGCCUUCCCACUUCCCUAAAAAGGACUACAAAAAAAUAUCUGUCAAUGAGACAUUUUGAGGUUAUAUUUAUCAAAACAACUAUUUCAAAUCUUAAUAAAAUAAAUUUUACUAAGAAUACAUUAUAAGACAUUUUAAUAAUGGCAGGCUUAUUAUUAAGUCCUACAGAAAAAGUAUUUAUUCUUCAUGGUGUUCAGGAUGAUUAUCGUUCAGAUGGACGAUCAAAUAUAGACUACCGGCCCAUGGAAUUAGAAACAGAUGUAGUCAGUCAUGCUAGUGGCUCUGCAAGACUCCGGCUUGCCAAUACGGACAUACUUGUUGGUGUGAAAACAGAAAUAGAUGUACCAAAACCGGAUAAACCUGACUGUGGAAAAUUAGAAUUUUUUGUUGACUGUUCUGCAAAUGCAACACCGGAAUUCGAAGGCAGAGGAGGUGAGCAGUUAGCCAACAGUAUAUCAAACAUGAUGCAGAAAGCAUAUCAUUCUUCACAGGCUUUUAAUUUAAAACAGCUUUGUAUAUUUGAAGGGAAACAAUGCUGGAAACUAUACAUUGAUAUAUUGAUUUUAGAAUGUGGAGGCAACUUAUGUGAUGCUGUUUCAUUAGCUGUCAAGGCUGCAUUAUUCAACACAAGAAUACCUUUUGUAAAAGCUGCACUAAUGGAUGGUGGCAAUAUUGAUUUGCAAUUAUCUGAUGACCCAUAUGAUAGCAAACUCUUGGACGUUGGCAGUGCACCACUCUUGGUAACUCUUUGUAAAAUAGGUGAUAAAUGUGUUGUUGAUCCAUCUGCGGAAGAGGAAAACUGCAGUGUAAUAUCAUUGAUUGUGGGCCUAACUGGUGACAGGAAGUAUUAUUAUCCAAAAGACGCAGACAAACAGCAAAGUGUGGAAAGCAAGUGUACAACUAUUGGUAUGAAUGGACCUGGCAGUGUGGCACCAAAAACUCUAAAAGAUGCCAUCAAUCAGGGCAUUGUUGCUGCAAAAUCCCUCGAUGAAGCAUUAGGUCAAGCACUCUUAAAAGAAAGACAACAAAACAUCGGCAUCAAGAAGCACUCGUAUGGAUUUUUAAAAUAAACUUGUUACAAAAUUAAUAUUCUUUUUUUUAUAUUUGGUUGGACAUAGUCUCAGUAAGAAAAGACCACAGUAAUUUUUCGC